CAUUUGUGUGAAGCUAACGUGUGGGCACGAGAAGGAAGAGCACUUGGUGUCGGUGGGCUGCAGAAGGAUUGAAUCUAUAAAAACUAAACGCGGUAAUGUCUGAGGAAGCAUUUCAGAAGGCGGCGGAGGAGGUGAAGCAGCUUAAGGCCAAGCCUGCAGACGCUGAGAUGCUGGAGAUCUACAGUCUCUUUAAACAGGCAACUGUUGGAGAUGUCAACACUGCUCGGCCUGGGAUGCUGGAUUUCACUGGAAAAGCAAAGUGGGACGCCUGGGAAUCAAAGAAAGGAAUGAGCAAAGAAGAUGCUAUGAAGGCCUAUAUUGCUAAGGUGGAGGAGCUGAAAGGAAAGUAUGGAAUCUAAAGCAUUUAACCUGAUUGGGGCUUUAGUGACAGAGAGGCGGGACCACUUGUUCCUUUCAGCCUGCGUAUACCCAUACAUCCUGUGAAAUGCCUUAAAUCCCCCCCCCGCCCCCGCCCUCCCCAGGCGUGUGUGCGUGCGUGCUGCCGCGUGUAGUAUGUUAACGCUAACGCCACAUAGACUGUAAGCUGUCCCAUCUGAGACCAGGGGACUGAAGAUGCCACACGGGGCAAGACCUACCGUCCACCAGCAAUCAUGUAGUGAAUUCAAACGGUUGUGCACUAAUGGAAUAUCAUAAAAUCAUUUUGUCUGAAC